AUGAAUGUGUCCAUUACUUUGUGUCUUUGCAUUCUUUUCGCGUUUGUUUCUUCCGAUAGUCCAGAAGCAAUGAGAGAUCUCGUGACAAACUUUCCUGGUCAGCCAAAAGUGAGCUUCAGGCAUUACUCCGGUUACAUCACGGUCAGUGAAACCAAUGGGAGGGCUUUGUUUUAUUGGUUCUUCGAGGCCAUGGCUCAACCGAACGUGAAUCCCUUGGUACUCUGGCUUAAUGGAGGUCCUGGAUGUUCUUCUAUUGGAUACGGAGCAACACAAGAGAUUGGUCCAUUUCUCGUGGAUAACAAAGGAAACAGUAUUAAGUUUAAUCCCUACGCAUGGAACAAAGAGGCCAACAUUCUGUUUCUUGAAUCUCCGGCUGGUGUUGGGUUUUCGUAUUCGAACACAAGUACGAGAGACACAUACGCUUUUCUCCAAAAGUGGUUCCAGAUAUUCCCAGCUUACAAAGAAAACAAAUUCUUUAUCGCAGGAGAGAGCUAUGCAGGAAAGUUCGUACCGGAGCUUGCAGAGAUUAUUUAUGACAAGAACAAGGAACCCAAGGGCAACUUGUCACUUAACAUUAAUCUGAAGGGCAUUUUGCUUGGAAAUCCAUUGACAUCAUAUGCAGAAGAUUGGACAGGAUGGGUGGAUUAUGCAUGGAGCCACGCAGUGAUAUCGGACGAGACGUAUAGAUCCAUUAAAAGAAGUUGCAAUUUCAGUAGUAACACUACUUGGGAUGUUAAAGAAUGCAAAGAUGGGGUAGACGAAAUUCUCAAACAAUACAAAGAGAUAGAUCAAUUCAGCCUCUACACUCCUACAUGCAUCCACCACUCAUCAAAACUUGAUUCCUACGCCAGUUCCAAGACGAUACCGAGGCUUUUCGAUGGAUUUGACCCGUGUUUGGAUGAUUACGCGAAAGUAUUCUACAAUAGAGCUGAGGUUCAAAAGGCUCUUCACGCUUCUGAUGGUGUUCAUCUCAAGAACUGGACCAUUUGCAACACUGAUAUUCUUAGUAACUGGAACUCGACUGAUUCAAAGACAUCGGUUUUGCCUAUAUAUAAGAAACUCAUAGCAGGAGGAUUUAGAGUUUGGGUUUACAGCGGCGAUACUGACGGAAGAGUUCCCGUACUCUCAACAAGGUACUGGAUAAAUAAACUGGAAUUACCAAUCAAGACAACUUGGAGGCCAUGGUACCACCAGAAACAGGUAAGUGGAUGGUUUCAAGAGUACGAAGGUCUAACGUUUGCAACGUUCAAAGGAGCAGGACAUGAUGUGCCUACCUUCAAACCCAGUGAAUCCCUUGCGUUUUUCUCCGCCUUUCUCAAUGGAGUUCCUCCACCGUUGUCACGACAGAUUUAGAAGCAAUUUUACAUUAUUGAUGAAGAUUUACAAUAGAGAAGGGAAGUUUUAAAAAGAAAAUGGUCAUAAUAUAUACACACUUUAAGUUUAUAUGUUACCUUUUC